UUCAGCCGUCCGUCACGCACUACGAAUCGGCGCAGCCGACAGUCUGAGUCAACAAAUGUGGUUAUUGCAUGAUUUACAAAUAAUUGCGUAGCCUACGUUUAUUUCACAACACAAAGUUUAGACAAAAAGUGCCAUUUGAAUCUACACUUUGAAAACGAUGCUAUAGAAAUCAGUGAAGUCAAAAUAAUUCUUUUCAAUACCAACAAAGAUGGGUUUGUGCCUUCAGUUGCGCAUGUUAUUGUGGAAGAACUUUCUCCUAAGGAAACGUCAGAAGUUUCGAUUGGUUGUUGAACUACUAUGGCCAUUGUUCUUGUUUUUAAUUCUAAUGUGGGUGCGCACCAAAGGACUUCGUGAAAAUAUUAGUGAAUGCCAUUUCACUCCAAAAGCUUUACCCUCUGUGGGUCAAGUACCUUUCAUACAGAGUUUCUUGUGUUCGUUCAACAACACCUGUCAUGCAACAGAGAAGGAGGCUCAGAUCGAUGGCAGCAACCUACAAGCAUCGAGAGCUGAUAGUCUGGUGAGAGAGCUGUCUACCAUGUUUGGUCAAAGACUGGUGGAUCAGGAUUUGGAUGCUGCAGAGAGUGUUGUGGCUGAUCUGAAUCGGUUGGCAAGCCUGGUCCAAGGCAUCACAUCCCGUCAGGUUCAAGUGAAAGGUGUUCUGAGUGUGCCCGAGUUGGUGAACAGCACGAGUUGGAUUAAGGAAGAAAUAUUCCGCCAGAAUAUUUCUCUCGAUGAAAAUGCUGUGGAUUCCUUAAUUACUGCUAAGUUUGCUCCUCAGAACUUUUCACUGGGCCACCUGUUGUUACUGCAGGAGAACAGAUCUCUGGUGUUAUGUGACACUCAGCUGAUGACCAGUGUAAUACAAGUCCAGUCAGCUGUUGUAGAUCAGCUGUGCAGGCUGUCAGCUGUAGAGCUAGAUGCACUCGCCAACAUCAUGCGAGAGUCUCUCACGGCUGCAGGCACCUACCAACAGCUAGUACAGUAUGUGGAAAGCAACUUGGAUCAGUCUUUGUCAUGGAGUGACUGGAACAGUAUGAGGAAUCUGUCAGUUCAAGUUUGGCAAGAUUUCACCUCCCUCCAAAACUAUACUAAAGCAAUGAGUGAUCUGGCAGUGAUGAGCUCUCAGUACACGUAUCUGGCAGACGAGAUGGUGGCCAACAACGUGUCUCGGCUAGAAACAGGCGAUUGUCAUGUUCAAUUACUUCCUGUGCGGUAACCAGUCAGGAGAUCUUAUCAAGCAACUGCUAAACGCUGGCGGAAAAAGUACCCAAUGGGAUGACUUCAGAGAUCAAAUGAGGGACUCCUCAGUUGAUGAGAAACAGUAUGUUUACGAUAACACAACCACACCGGUGUGUAACUCAUACUAUGAGCUUCUAGACUCCUCACCACCCUUGCGAGCUCUUUGGAGG